CCAGUAGUAAAAUUUUUCUUAAGUGAUUUUGUUGACCCAGUGCGAUUUAUUUUUCUUCGCGUGAAAUUAAUGAUUCAUAACUGUUAUUAACAAUUAUUUAAUGAAAAUCUGUAUUGUUUAGUGAAUAGAAAAUAUAUAUUUAAGCACUUUUUUUAUAAAUAGACAAUAAAUUCAUUCCCUAAUGUUCAAUCCCGUUAUCCAUAUUUUGCCGUUGCCACGUUCUUUCACCAAUAAAUUUAUAUAAAAAAAUGAAUAAUAUCUUUUAGUAUCCAUCAUAAAAAAUAACAAAGAAGCAACCAUGUCAAGUAUGUCUGACCGGAAAGCAGAGUUGGAACGUAAGAAAGCUAAACUACAAGCUCUUCGUGAAGAGAAAGACCGUCGCCGCAGGGAGAAAGAACAAAAAGAUGCUGAAGAGGCAUUGCAACGUGCCACCACGGCGUCCAGUCUGGACAGCCGCCGGGACCUGGAUGAGAUGCUGUCAUCGCUGGGCGUGGCGCCCGUCAAGGAUGUGCUCUCGUCCCUGUCCUCUAUGACAUCACUGACCCCUCCACAGACCGCCUCACCUGAUGUCAGUCUGCCACAUACUGACAAAUCCAGCCUACCAGUACAUGGUGGACCGAAGAAGCCUCUUGCAUUACAAGUGGUAUCGGUCCAGUCUACUGACAUCCCUCCUAAAGAAAACGUCACAUACGCCAAGCAAACACAAACAACCACAUCGGGCGUCACCGAAUUGCGAGAUGGCUGCUCUUCCAAUGCAUCACCGCUUGCAGGAUACAUGGAGGACUGGUGGCGGCCGCGCAAAGCACACGCAACAGACUACUACGAUGAGUACAAUCUAAACCCGGGUUUAGAGUGGGAGGACGAGUUCACAGUGCUUACAUUCGACGGCGACGGCGCUCGGCAAGGCGACGAUGAGGAGGCCGCCUUCCACGGGAAGCUCCCGCCUGGCAUCCUGCCGCACGGACUGCCCACCGUUAAGGAAGUGCAACCGGCCGUCACCGCCGCGCCACAGGAGAAAAAGGAAGAGGAGAAGGAGAAGAAAGUGCGCGAGCUGAGCGCGGACGAGAAGCAGACGAUCCUGCUGUCGUCGGAGUUCCAGAGGUUCAUGAGCCGCGCCGGCCGCGUCAUCGAGCGUGCGCUCGCCGAGUCCGUCGACAUCUACACCGACUACACCGGCGGCGGCGACAACGAGAACGCGCUCGACGACAAGUCGGACGGGCGGCUGUCGCUGGUGCGCACGUUCUGGGACGAGCGCUGGUCGCGCGGACGCUGCGUGACGUGCCUGGACUGGUCGGCCGCGCACCCCGAGCUGCUGCUGGCCGCCUACCACAACAGCGACGACGCGCCGCACGACCCCGACGGCGUCUGCCUCGUCUGGAACACCAAGUUCAAGAAGACCACGCCCGAGGACGUCUUCCACUGCCAGUCGCCUGUCAUGAGUGCCACCUUUGCCAGGUUCCACCCGAACCUGAUCCUUGGAGGCACUUACUCCGGUCAGAUCGUGCUAUGGGAUAAUCGCAUACAGAAGCGAACGCCCGUACAACGUACUCCUCUCUCCUCUUUAGCGCACACGCACCCAGUGUACUGCCUGUCGGUGGUGGGCAGCCAGAACGCGCACAACCUGAUCUCGGUGUCGACGGACGGGCGGCUGUGCUCGUGGUCGCUUGAUAUGCUGUCGCAGCCGCAGGACACGCUCGACCUGCAGCAUCGACAGUCCAAGGCCGUCGCCGUCACCUCUAUGGGCUUCCCGCACGGUGACGUCAACAACUUUGUGCUCGGCAGCGAGGAUGGCAACGUUUAUACCGGCUGCCUGUACGGGCAGCGCGCGGGCGUGGCGGAGGCGGUGGAGGCGCACGCGGGCGCCGUGACGGGCGUGGCGUGCCACGCGGCCGCCGGCGCCGUCGACCUGGCGCACCUCUACCUCACCAGCUCCGUCGACUGGAGCGUCAAGCUGUGGAGCCUCAAGGAGCCCAAGCCGCUCUACUCGUUCGAGGACAGCGGCGACUACGUCGUCGACGUGCGCUGGUCGCCCGCGCACCCGGCGCUCUUCGCCGCCGCCGACGCCUCGGGCCGCCUCGACCUCUGGAACCUCAACCGCGACACCGAGGUGCCGGUGGCGUCGGUGCAGGCGGAGGCAGGCGUGGCCUUCAACCGCGUGUCGUGGACGCCCAGCGGCUCGCACGUGUGCGCGGGCGACGACGCCGGCAAGAUAUGGGUCUACGAGCUCGCCGAGCACGUGUGGCAGCCGCGGCACGACGAGUGGAGCAAGCUGGUGUACACGCUGCAGGAGCUGCGCCACAACCAGGCCGACGACGACGACCGCCUCGGCCUCGCGCUGGCGCCCAGCGGCCCGCCCUCGCUCACCAGCCUCACCUCGCUCGCCAGCAACCCGCUCAGGUAACUGGCCUGGGACGUGAGAUGCGGCUGGCGACUUUAACAUCACACACGACCUUACAUACUCGUCUUUUUACCCACUACACAAGGGAAUAACCUCACUCGGACUAGACGUAAAUUAGUAGCUUAAACUAGUCUUUGAUAAGCACCAGCGCUCUGCAGCCUCAAAGAGGUCCUGUGUGCUGCGCCACCUUUUCUUUUCAUUCAUUCAUCUUUCCUACAGUACUUAGAUACCAAUAUCAUUAUUAAAUUUAAUAAAAAAAAUUGACUAUGAUAUUCAACGACAGUUUUUAGGUCUAAUUUCUCAAAGAUUAUAGUAAUAUAAAAUUUUUUGAAAGAAUGCAAGUAUUACAUAGGUAAAAAAUAGGGUGGAUUCUAAGACCAUUUCUUUAAACUUAUCUUUUAAAGUUUGAUAGCUUCGCAACAUUGCUGUUUUAUUGACCAUCGUAAACUAAAUUUCUAAUAAUUUUGACUGACAUCUAUUAGAAACUUAGUCCAUAUUGGUUUGUAGAAUAAAAAUAUCGAUGCAAUAUUAAAUUGUAUGUUUAUUAUAGAGAUAGGUUUAAAGAAAUAGCGUUUAGGAAUCAACUCCUUUAUCUCUCUUACAAAGAAACACAAAUAAAUUGAUUCGGCUGCUAAAUAAUAUGUGAAAAUCUAUGGAUAUGACAUAAAAUGUCAAAUUAGCUUGAUUUUUUAGGGAAGGAAAUUUGUUGAUAAUGUAUAAAAACAGUUGAUGUACAAUAAUUAAAAAAAUAAACUGAGACUGUUGAUGCACUGUCUACACAGGACAAUGCACAAAAUAACGAAAUUGAACUUGAAAUUUAGAGAGCUCGAGUGUUUACAACAUAUUUAAACUGAUUAUGAAGAUGUUAAAGAGAUUUUGAUUAGGGAGAGAUUGAGUAAAAAUAUCUUACAACAAAAUAUUUAUGGUUAGCUGGAACAAAUAUGUUAAUAUGUAUCUAUGUGUUUAAAGCUUAGCUUCGUACAAACUUGAUCAAUACUAUUUUAUGAAGUUAUUUAAUUGAAUAUUGAAUUUAUUGAUAGAUAAUUGCAUUUAUAUCAGCGUAUCUAUCUUUAUCGGACAAAAUAUGUUAAGUCCAUAAUUGUGAAUGUUGCAGUGUAAUACAAUGCAACUUAUAAUGUCCCUUAUUCGUAUUUCUAGAAAUCAAUAAUAUCUGAUCAAAAAAAUAAACUAUGGAAUAGAAGUUGAGCAAUGACGGGGAACGGUGUUGAAGAAGUGACUACACAUUUUAAUCGAGUCUUAUAUAUGUAUGAAAAGAAAAAAAUGGACUGGCAGCGAAUACUAGAUUUGUGUGGAGUGGCGAAAUUGCUAGAUAGGAUGUUGGUUAAAGGUGCAGAUAAAAUAAGGUUACGAAUGUUAUUGGCAAUUAUAUUACUGAUAGAAAGAGAACCGCUAUUAACAUGACUAAAAGAGGUGCAGAUAUUUUAUUUUUCUGUGCAGAUGUUAAGUUAGAAUAAGUUUUCUGUUAUAAAGGUGUAUGUAAUUAUUGUAACACUGUUUAGUCAUUAAUUCGUUUUACAUUUAUAUUUAUACGAAAUGUACUGGAUAUAUUUAUUAAAAGACAGGUUACUUAGUAUUAUAAUAAUAGUAUUGCAGAUAGUGUUCUGUGCUUUAACAUCAAUGAAAUAAAUGCUUAAUAAAUUGA